AUUUUGUGACUGUAGUGGAAAAGAAGACCGAUAGUUUUUUAUACCCCCCGAUUGAGUUUCUGUGGCGGAAAGACAUGUUUUGCGAAGGAAAAGUAGAGGUUUUGUGUGAAACGUACACGGUCCUCGAAGCCGACAGCCAAAGGGAUGUUACCGGGAGUUGCGUGAGCUUUCCCUUCAGCAAAAUAGGACCAUAAAUCUUUCUCUGACGAGGGGGAAAAAGAAAGCUUUGUUUGGAGUGCAACACGCAGGACACAAGCACAGGGGGGGAAGAAGAGGAAGAGAAAGACAAAAAAGGAGUGCCUUAUAAGUGGACAAAGAGGAGCGUUCCUGAAACCUGCAGCACUUUGUAAACAGUGAAGAAAAGAUGAGACCACUGAAGAAAAACAGAGGCCGGUCUCCUCUGAUAACUCGAGGAAGAGGGGGGAGAAGAAGAGGGGGAUCACAGCCCCUCCAAGAAAAAGACCAAAGAGUCAAGAGGGAGACACUCAACAAAACCCCACAACUUACACCCAUCACUCCCUCCACCCGCAAGCAGACUCCACCCACAGCCUCAAACUUCAACGACAAACCAAUCACAAACAGCAAUACCUUACUGAAGGAGGAACCAACAGAGCUUAGGAAACCUGUUGGAGCCAGACGAAGGAUGGAAAGAAGUUAGAAGAAAAGGCAAGAAAAGGAGAAGAUAGAGAGGACGAAUGGAAACAGUGCUGUGUCUACGGAUACUGUCGCUUUUGCAGCCUCUGCAACGCCGCCAGUCUCCACAACCACGCCCCCUCUGGCCACAAAUCACAGCCCAAUCUCAGUCUCCGUCUCUAGUAGGAAAACAGCCACAUUUAAGGCCCGUGUGCCCAAGAAAAAAUACACAUACGAGCACUUUGCUAACAACACAAGUUCCCUCACUACCAUUCCUACCUCCAACCCUGCACUCAUACACAACAGUUACUGCAAUAUUAACAGCAAAAUCAGUGAUAGAGUGAAUAUGCCCAGUACUAAUAUAAAGAGUAAUUAUAUUAAUAAUAGCAUGAAUAAAAGCACUAGUGUGGGCAUCAAUAGUAGUAAUAAUAGAACACUUGGUAUUAACAAUCUGAGUAACAGUAGUAACAGUAAUGCCGGGAGCCAUAGUACUUUUAUCAAUAGCAGUAAUAGUAGAAGUAAUCAUAGCUCAGGUAAUCAGCCAUCAGUGCUAACUGUGGAAAGGGAAGCUACAGAGGCAAACCAUUUUGUUUCCACAGAGGAUAGGGCCCUCAGGACAGCAAACUCCCAGGCAAAAGAUUCCCCAGCCAGGGAAAAUGAUUCAGAGGGGGCCCCUAACUCAGUACGCUGCUCGUCCACGGAUACGGCUAGUGAGCACUCAGCUGACCUGGACGUAAUGGAAGCAACAGGACCAAGCCUUCAUCAGAAGAAUUCCCACAUUCCAGCUCCCCUCCUUAACUCGCACACUAAAGAGGCCUGUCUUUCAGAGGGGCUCGCUGAAGCUCUCGCAAAAGGAAUGAAAAACCAGAGAGUUCUGGCUCGCCAGAUAAAGAGGACCGUGGCCUCUGGAAACAGGGGGGUGAAGGAGGUUGACUUAUGCACUUUAUCAUCUGUGUUCAGACCAGGAGUGGUGCGUAGGGUGAGUGGAGGGGCUGUUGAAGUCCAACUCCAAGGAGAGGAGACCUUUGUUAAAUACCCUUUCAAUGGUGUCAGCGCGGUGACAUCAUCAACACAGGAUGAGAGCACUGUAGAGUUUAUUUUAGAUGCCCCCCCACCUGGCACAGCACCUGUGUCUGUCGGGACCCGCGUGUGUGUGCCCUUUGGCGGGGAGGACAGGGGUCCUCUGCUGUACAGAGAAGGGGUUGUAAUUCAGGUGGACCCCCACCCUGGUGUCUCAUUUCCUUACCAGGUGCUCCUGAGUGAAGGCAGAGAUACUCAGGACAAUGGAAGGGUGGGGUCAGAUAAAGAAAAAAGGAAAGCUAACGCUCAGGCUGUGUGGGUGUCCCGACAAAGUCUGAGGCUCCUCACUCGUCCUUGGGAGGUUCAUCACAUGGAUGGUGGGAGGGCUAAGGAGAGAGAGCGGGAGAGGGAAAGGGAAGAGAGGGAACGGAGGGAGGAGUUGGAGGUAGAGAGGGAAGUCUGCCAGUUGAGUAUUGGGAUGGGGGUGCUGGGAGGAGGAGCGAGGUCAGGCCAUAGUUUGUCACAUGAAGGAGUUGCAGAAGGGCAUGCAUACGGAAACACAAAUCCACCCCGUCAUUCAGGUGUGGCGGGCGGCACAGUGCAAGGCUGUGGAGAUAAAUACUCUGACACAGAGAGACAGAAACAGCCAGACACUCCAGAAGAAGACGUUGAGGUGUCUCAUUUUAACAUGGGCCUCACUGUUGGAACCAAGCCGAACGCUGCAAUCUCCCAGCACAGAAACAUCGUCUCUAAGUCCAGUAGCUACUCCCCCUCCUCCCCCCACCUCUCUGUGAUGCAGGGUCUUGGUCCCCUAAACAUCUCCACUCUAGCUAGUCCUCAGCCACCCCCUUCCCCUGCUUCACUGGGGUCUGAAUUGAACAACAACACUCCAAACCUACCUCCAUCAAAGACCACUCCAACACAGACCCCUGCUCUUACUUCUGGUGGGGGGUCCUCCUCUACCUCCCCCCGCUCCAGGACUCCUCUCUCAUUGGCCCAGCAGAAAUACAAGAAGGGUGAUGUAGUGUGCACCCCUAAUGGUAUCCGUAAAAAGUUCAAUGGUAAGCAGUGGAGGAGACUGUGCUCCAGGGAGGGGUGCAUGAAGGAGUCCCAGCGUCGAGGAUACUGCUCCAGACACUUGUCGAUGAGGACCAAGGAGAUGGAGGCAGCCGGGGGAGAGAGGGGAGGAGGGGGCAGCAGCUCAGGGACAGUCACCCCCUCUGACCUGCGGGGGAGAGCAAGCAGUGAGUUUGAGUGGGAUGAUACGUCAAGAGAGAGCAGUGAGACCAGUAGCAGAGGAGACUCCAGACCCCGUUUGGUCCUCCCCACCCUCCUCCCCCACGACCUGUCUUCACGCUUUGACUUCGAUGAGUGCGAGGCUGCCACCAUGCUCGUGUCAUUAGGGAGCUCCCGCUCUGGCACCCCCUCUUUUUCUCCCAUCUCCAACCAGUCACCCUUCUCUCCUGCCCCCUCUCCCUCACCCUCCCCACUGUUUGGUUUCAGGCCGGCCAACUUCUCCCCAAUUACCGCCUCCCCAGUUCUGCAGCACCGAAGGCACAGGCAGCCCAGUGGGACGGGGGGAGGUGGAGCAGGGAGCAGUAAGACCACAACCCUUGGCGGAGUUGGAGAAAGGGAGAGACAAAGUUCAGGCAACCAGCCCUCCUUCCACAACAACCUGACGUUUACAGUCCCCAUGAGCCCGAGCAAACGAAAGUCUGAUGCACCUCCUCCACCUCCCCUCCCCUCACACCACCACGAUUACACGCCCAAGACAGAGCUGGAGCAGGGGGAGCUCAAUACCUCUUUCAGGGUGCUGUCCCCCCAGACGCCGGCUUCACAUUCCCACACACACACACCCACCUUUCCCCGACCCAGAGGAACCACAACCCCCUCCUCUAGUAGGCCACCUUCCUCCCCUGCUGUUUCCCCUCCUCCUCUACUGAUGUCUCCAACUCCUCCUUCUCCUCUGACCCCUGAUGGAGGACCUCGUCGUGUGGUCCCUGUAUCCCAACAGGCCUUGCGGGACUCUCCUGUCAUUGUGAGAAAUCCUGAAGUCCCACUGGCAAAAUUCUCUGAAGGCCCUUUGGGGAGAGGAGGAGAUGGAGGUGAAAAUGAGGGGGGGACAGAAAACACAACAUCAAAAGAAACUGGCUUAACACUCCUCAACUCCCAGCCCAUUCCCGGCCUUCAGGUUCCCGUCCCCAUCAACGCUGCCGCAGCCACGGUACCCAACGGCACUGUCCUCUUACGGAGUCCAACCCAAACUCUUGUGCUUGUGUCUCCGUCACCUUCCUCCCUGCCCACUCCUGACACCCCUGCGGCCCCCCUGCAGGCCCUGUCAGUAACAGUCAGCACAACAGUCACGGCUCCCACUCCCAGCUGUACAGACAGUUCCGGGGAACAAGAGGAGAAAAAGGGGACAGGGUUUGGGGGUGAAGUCCAGCAGCCAGUUCCAUGUCACCCCUCUCCUACCGCUCUGCUGCCUCUUAUCCUUCCCACUGAAAAUCUUCAUCCCGUCCCGAGAAAAGACAUCAUAAUGGGACGUCCCGGCACAGUGUGGACCAAUGUCGAGCCGCGGUCAGUUCCAGUCUUCCCCUGGCAUUCAUUGGUCCCUUUCCUGGCACCCACCCAAUCAGAUGCUUCUUCUCAGCCCGGAGAAGGCCAGCACCCUGUCAACCACCCCCAAGCAGCAAGUCUGAAGUCAGAGAGUCAGGGGGUGGCGGCUCUGUCACAAGAGCCUGCAGAGGCACCUCCCACAGUAGAGAAAGGUUUCGUGUCCAGGCCUAUCCCCGCUUCUGAUGAGCCACCUCCAGAGAAGGAGAGAGGAGAAGCAGAGAGGGAGAGGCCUGACAGUGAGACAGAAAGCGAUGUGGAUGACCCCUUCCUCCCAGGAGUUGUUCCGGAGCAGCCUCUCUCUAUAUCGCCGGUAAAGCGACGCACUCAGUCUCUCAGUGCGCUUCCCAAAGAUGGCGAUAAGAGCAGCCCUGGAAAGAGGGAAAAGGACCAUAUCAGGCGACCUAUGAAUGCAUUUAUGAUUUUCAGUAAGCGCCACCGAGCACUGGUGCACCAGCGGCACCCAAACCAGGACAACAGAACAGUGAGCAAGAUUCUGGGGGAGUGGUGGUAUGCUCUUGGACCAAAGGAGAAACAGAAGUAUCAUGAUUUGGCCUUCCAGGUGAAAGAAGCACACUUCAAGGCCCACCCAGACUGGAAAUGGUGUAACAAAGACAGGAAGAAGUCCAGCUCUGAAGGCCGUGGGGUCCCAGGGGGGAAAGACAUCAGAGAGAGGAGCAUGUCUGAGUCCACAGAGCCCCAUUCAGUGGAGCUGAAGGGGGUGGGCCCAGGUCUGGUGGGUGUGUCUGAAAGGAGUACAGGAGAAGGUCAUGUGAGCCAACUUACCCGUCCCAGAGCCUUCUCUCAAAGUGCCAUGCACAGCCUAGAGCGGGGUGACAGGGGGAAUACACAGGCUCUGGCAGAACUGGCACAGAUGUGUGGGGAUGGUGGCAGUCAGUUUCCCAGUCAUGCCCCACCCUUGUCACAGUCCCAGCGGUGCAUCAGCGAGGAUAUGACCAGUGAUGAGGAGCGCAUGGUCAUCUGUGAAGAAGAGGGAGAUGAUGAUGUCAUUGAGGACCCUUAUCCUAGCAGUUCCAUAGACCUUAAGUGUAAGGAGCGGGUGACUGACAGUGACAGCGAGAACGGUUCUGGAGACGAAAGUGAUCGGAAGAGAGUUUUUGCUCCAGUCAUUUGCUCCUCUGCAUUAUCAUCUUCCUCACACCACCCUCAUGGCAGGAGUGUCUCACUGUCCUCCUACCCCACCAGCAAGCGCUAUGAUGAAGGGAGAUCAGGAGGUGGAGGGUUUUUAGAUCACAGGAGAAAGGACAGAGGAGAUGGGGAUGUUAAGGACAAAUUUGAGGGGGAGGGUGGAGGAGGAGGAGUGCAAGGUAUUUCCCUCUCCUUCUCUUCUGGCCAGUCUGUAAUCUCCACUUCUUCAGCCGGAGGGCUUCCGUCUUCAUCAGUGGGCUCGAGCGGAGCGAACCCAUUCCUCGGCACUGGUGCUGUGAGGGUGGCCUCUACAGUGGUGACCAAUGUAAUGCGUCCUGUUAUCAGCACUCCACUCCCCAUUGCCAGCAAACCCAGAGAUGGUGGCACUUCAUCCAGCCCACAUCCACCAGAGAGGAAGUCCCUGACACCGCAGCAGCCACACCUUCUGAUUGGUUCAGGCUCAGGAGGGGUGGCAACAGCCACUGGGGGUGGGUACUACUCUUCAACGUCACCUAAUCCUAUAGGCAUGGGUCAUGGUGGUGUAGUGACUAAUUUAGUAUUAGGAGGAGCUCUUUCUGCUCAACCUGCUGUGCAACUCAUCACCCCCUCUCCUCAGCCUCCCCAUCAACAGGCACUCCACCACACCGCAAUUUCUGCCCCACAUAGCCAAACCAAUGGGCCCCUGCCUCUGCCCCUGCUUCAGCCUCAGUUCUUUCCCGCCUCUUCCCUCGCUUCCCCUGGGGGUAAGGCCAUCACACAAGUUCAGUACAUCCUGCCCACCUUACCUGCUAGCACCCACCCCAAGAGUCCACCUCAGCAGCUCAGCCAGCCAACCAGUGUGUUCAACCUGCCCACAGCUCCACACACACAUGCAUCCCUGGCCAAUGGAAGGCAGCAGGGUGCAGGUUCACUGACAGGAUAUGCGUCCAGUCCAGCAGUGGGAGUGGUCAGCUCGGGAACUAGAGUGCAAUCACAGUCUCCAGUCCUGCAGGGCAAAAUGCUUGUUCCCAUGGCAACAGUAAGGACAGCGCCGGCCCCUGCCCAGCAGUUUCCCAUUGUGGCUCCACCUCUUCCUGUCCAGAAUGGUGCUCAGGCCGGAAGCAAGAUCAUCCAGAUAGCUCCCAUGCCUGUUGUCCAAUCCCAGCUGCCUCAAGGUGGAGCAGUCCAUCCUGCCAGCCCCUUCCCUGUGGGCACAGCUGCUGUGGUGGCUCCUGGGUCAGCCCCCUCCCAAGCUGUGCUGCUGCCACCAGCACCCACCAGGAUCACCUACGUCCAGUCCACUCCAGGGGUCCCAUCCACUCUGCCUCUUGUCUCCACGACAACAGGCUCCUCCACCACCCAGCAAGCCCUGCCAGUGGCUGGAUCUGCAUAUGUUCCAUCGCCCUUAGCAACACUUGGGUUCACAACCAUCGCACCACCUGGACAGACGCUGGUUCAGCCGCUGAUUGCAGGUCAGCCCCCACUCCUCGCCACAGCUCAGUCUCCAUCGCCCUCCACCAUAGCCCCUGCCUCAGGCUCGGGCGGCCAGAUAGUAACCGCCAUCUACCCUCCUUCCCCUAGCGUCACUAUGGCAACAGGGGUGGUCUCCAUGACAGCAGUACCCCCCAGCGUGGUCUACUCUGUCUCCAGCCCCUCCAGCGCUUCCCCUCACAUCCUGUCCAAACACACAGCAACUACAGUUACGCACCCACAUCCGCAGCUCUACACGGACAGACUGGCAGACAGACACCUGUCCCUGGACAGACCUGCAGAGCGACAGACUGACAGACAGGCUGAGAGGCAGACAGAACUGCUCGUGCACUCCGACAGACAGCUGGAGAGGCAGCCGCAGAUCUCCAGCAGCUCAGCGGCACCUCCCAGUGGUUCAGCUGUGUCUACAAGGCCCUGCAGUCCUCCACCUCAGAUACAAACACCUGGCAGUACACCGGGCACACCCAAACUUACCCAGCUUCCAGUCAGGACCCCUCAGAAAGUGAAGGCAACUGUGGCCAACAUCCCUGUGGGCAGCUAUGAAGGAGGGGGCCGAGGAAAAGAGAGGGACAGGGAGAAGGAGAGGGAGCGCGAGAGAGAGAGGGAGCGGGAAAGAGAGAGGGAGCGAGAAAGGGAGAGAGAGCGGGAAAAGGAAAGGGAGAGAGAAGCUGCUGCCUCAAGUCAUUUCUCCUUUGAUCCUGAGGCUGCAGGGCAGUCAGGCUCUCCAACAAUACAUGCUGCUGAGGAGCCUCCACCCUCUGACAGACCACUGGAGGGCUCCAGUGUUGCAGACACCUCUGACUCACGGAGCAGGGAAAGCCAAUCCACCAAAGAGGCUGGGUGGAAGGAGUCCCUCCCUUCCUCUCCUCACCCUCCUCCAUCAACCACAGACUCCACCCUUCCUCCGCCACAGACCGACAAAGAUGCUCCCACACCCAAAAAGGUCAAAUCCCGCCCACCACCACUGAAGAAGACUUUUGACUCUGUGGACAAGUCUGGCAGGGUGCUGUCGGAGGUGUACUUUGAGGAGCGCUUUGCCGAGCUGCCAGAGUUUCGGCCCGAAGAGGUUUUGCCUUCACCCACUCUGCAGAGUCUCGCCACUUCACCUCGCGCCAUUCUGGGCAGCUAUCGCCGCAAGAGGAAGAACUCAACAGAUUUGGACUCAGCCACUGACGAUCAAGUCUCUCCAAAGAGGAAGAGUCGGCGGCGCUCAAGCUGCAGCUCAGAGCCAAACACACCUAAAAGUGCCGCCAAGUGUGAAGGAGACAUAUUCACCUUCGACAGAGCAGCCCCAGAUGGAGAAGACAUCCUGGCAGAGCUGGAGUUUGACAAGGUGCCAUACUCCUCCCUGCGAAGAACCCUGGACCAGAGGAGAGCACUGGUGAUGCAGCUGUUUCAGGAGCAGGGCUUCUUUCCAUCAGCUCAAGCCACCGCAGCCUUCCAGACCAGAUACUCCGAUAUUUUCCCCACUAAAGUGUGUCUGCAGCUGAAGAUCCGAGAGGUCCGACAGAAGAUCAUGCAGACGGCUACCCCCUCUGAUGUCCCUGGUUUGGGACUUUCUGACUCAGCUGGUCACCCUGGACCUUCAUGUUCCCAAUCAGGAGAGGGAUCAAUGAGAGGAGGCGGGGACCUGCAGGAUGAUGACGUGGAUCAAGGGGCAGAGGGGAGCCCAGAGGAUCCACGUGAUUCACAAGACUCCUCUAGAUGAGGGACGUUGACCCAUCAGUCUGUCAAACCUUUACAACCCCUUAAAUGCUUUUAAAAAGAAGACAUUUUAUCCACAGUGAACACUCCUCUGGUCUCAUCCUGGUUUCGUUCCCCUUCCCAGCCAACCUGUUAGACUGAGAGAUGUUCGUAUGCAAUGUUGGGACUUUUAUUUUGUAAUGUGUGACCCUCGUACCAAAAAAAAGGACACGUAAAAACCAGUGGCACAAAAAAAACGACAUAAACACACAAACACACAUACACAUCCUACAAAUUCUUAAAUCCACACUUGAAUUAGCACUCUGUAUUCAUCAUCUUGAAAAGACUCCCAACAAUGCCAGUGAAGGAAGGGCCAUUGUGUACAGCUGCACUCAUUCACCAUGAAGAAGAAAGAGUUCCACAUGUAGAGGAGCGACCGACCAUUCUGGAAAGGUGAAAAGUCAGCUGUUUUAAUUAAAGAAAGUAAAUGUUUUAAUAUUUGUUUUUAAUAAGGUUUAAGAGUAAGAGCAGUCAUGAUCUGCUUGAGGGAGAAGCUCUGUGUAUACCUACCUGGUGUAAGCUUGUGUCCUGUUUCUGCUGACAUUAGGGGGCUGGGCCCUCUAAAGCAAGAAACAGUUUCAGAUUUGACAAGAGAACUCGUUUCUUUGGACCUGGUAAGAUCCGUCUCCGUUUUAUUUCUCACAUGUAGACCUGAAGGGAGGUCUAUACAGGGAGCGACUGAAACUUUAAUGGACUUCUGGCAGUGCCAUCAUUCCUGCAAUUUACCUGUCUGGCCAAGUCCUCCCUUCUCGCGACUGACCCUAGCACAUGCCAGUAGGUUGGAACCAAGCAUUCCUGUGCCUCUCAUUCGCUAGCCAUGAAGGACAGAGGAGGGUCAGAGUCAACGGGCACAUCCUGGCUCUUAGUCGUAGAGGUCGGGCUAAUUAAGCCUUAAUCCUCUAUUGCCAAGCAGUUUUAUUAACUUUUUUAAAUUUUUUGAUUUGUAUUUAACAUUGUCAUAUUCAGUUUGUUGUUGUACUAUUCCUAUGGUUAUUAUUACUCCUCAGAUCAUUGCAGUGAACCCUGACCCUUUGUUUUGUUCUGGUUGCUGGCAGAUGUUUCCUUUUUAUUUCUGCCAGCUGUUGAUUGCUUGUACUAUUUUUUUUUAUAUGUAUCAUUUUGAAGGCAGGUGAGACGCUGCUCCACACCUGUACAGUUCCUCCAUUGUAGUCUUCCCGCGACUGGCCUCUCACCUCAGCAAGGAUCUGCGGUGCAGUUUUUUUUUUUUUAAUGUUCAUUUCUAAGAAGACAAUGUGGACCUUUUGGGGGUUUUUUUUCAACUGUAAUAAGCAGUGUGUUUGUUUUAGACCACCCUGUAUGCCUCUGUCCCUUCAUUAGUUUGAUCCUAUAUUAUCAACACUUGUACAUCUCUUUCCUCCGCCUCUUUUCUUCCCUCCUUCCUCCCUUUGUCACUUUAUUGCUCUCUCCAGACCUCCUUUUCAGACAGGCGGAGAGAAAACCGGGGGAAGUGAGGGGAGGGUAAAGAAUCUAAAGAGAGCUGGUAGGAUCUUAAACUGGUUGUGUCUUUGUGCAAGACUAGGUUGUGUUGUAAAUAAUUACUGUAGAGUCAGUAGACUCAUUAUAUUAUUGAUAAGGAAAAAUCUGUCAUCGAACAUAAGUUGACUUUUAAGACAACCAUUGCCGGAAGUGAAACACAUGAAAUGGAAAAAAACAACAAUAAAUAUGGCUAUUAAUGUUA